CGCCUCACAACUGCUAGCUCAGUAAACUGACCUUCUCCGCGGCCUCGUCGCUCGUCCUGGAGCCAGACGAGGAGGACCUUGAAUGUUUUUCAUUUGAUUUUCUGUGUUUGUUAUAUUGAACAGAAACACAGCUAUGCUCAAAACACAAGACGUCCCCUCCCUGCAGGAGCUGAAGGUGGACGAGAUCAAUGUCUCCUCUGCAGUGCUAAAGGCUGCUGCCCACCAUUAUGGCUCCCAGUGUGAUAAACCCAACAAGGAGUUCAUGCUCUGCCGCUGGGAGGAGAAGGACCCCAGGAAGUGUCUAGAAGACGGGAGGAAAGUCAAUGAGUGUGCACUCAACUUCUUCAGGCAAAUCAAGGGAAACUGUGCAGAGUCGUUCACAGAGUACUGGACCUGUCUGGAUUAUUCGAACUUGGCGGAACUGCGCCGUUGCCGUGAUAAACAGCAAGCCUUCGACAACUGCGUCCUUGAUAAGCUGGGCUGGCAGAGACCUGAUCUGGGAGAGCUGUCUAAGGUGACCAAAGUGGACACCUCUCGGGCCCUCCCUGACAACCCCUACCAUUCUCGACCACGUCCCGAGGCCAACCCAACCAUCGAUAGUAAACUGGAGCCUUCCAAAUAUGGCAGCAAGUUGUACUUCUGGAGCUGGUGAGGCAGCUCCAGAAAGUCAGUCACCUUCCAAAUCCAUGUGCUCUGUCCAAAAACGUCUAGACUACGUGCAACCAUUGAUGCAUCAAUUCUACUUGAAAAGGUUUAAAUCUCUCGGGUGCAGACUCCAGCAUGAAUGUGUUUGGUUUUGGACAGGGCUCAUGUCCUAACAGUGUUUUCAUCAGCUGUACCUCCAGCAUUGUCAAACAGUUUGAUAAAGGAAGGAAGGAUGCAUGAUUGUGCGAACAAAGUCCAUAAAUCAUACGGUUUUCCUGACCACUUCUGUAAAUGUAAUGAGUGAGCAAAUGCAACAUGCUGUUAUUGUUGUCAAAUAAUAAAAAGAUAAAUUAUAA